AUGGACGAGCAAAUCAAGCAAGCAGUGGAGAUAGCCAUUGGUGGUACCGCUGACUUCCAGCUGAAACAACAGGCGAUUCAGUUUUUGAACGAUCUCAAGAACUCGCCAGAUGGAUGGCAAGCGUUUGCACUGCUGUUGAAGGAUGUCAACAACAACGACCAAGUGCGCUUUGUAGCACUACAGGCGCUGUGCGAUUACAUCCCAACUUUGCAAGGAGACAGCUCCUCAUACAUAAGGAGUACACUCUUGGAGUAUUUGCAAUCUCUGAUUUCAGCCAACAAGUACGAUCCGGCAUUCCUGAAGAACAAACUGGCUGAAGCAUUUGCAGCCAGCUUCUGUGCAACUUACUUGACGUCGUGGACGUGCUUCUUCACGGAUUUCCACCAGUUGAUCAAGAAUGAGAAUGAGAUCGCGGUGGAUCAGUACGUUAGGGUCCUCUUGGCAAUCCAUUCGGAGAUUGGUGAUCAAUUGAUCAUUAGGGAAAGAACAACAACAGAGAGAAAUAACAACUUGAAAGAUGCUAUUAGGGUCUCGGAUAUGGCUGAUUUGGCCUUGGUUUGGAAGCGCAUCCUCACAGAUUUCAGAGAUCGAUCUUCUGCUCUAACACAGGAGAUCUUGAAAGGUUGUCUUCAAGUGAUUGGUGCCUACGUUUCUUGGAUUGAAAUCAGCUUGAUUAUUCCAUCCGAUUACAUAAACACAAUCCUACAAUUCCUAAACAAGGAAGGACAAAAGUCCACUUGUUGUAUUACCCUAACUGAAAUCAUCAGCAAGAAGAUGAAACCAGAGGGCAAGUUACAGUUGUUGUCGAUGUUGAACUUGACUUCCGUGGUUGCCUCUUUGAACAUCGACUCAAGUGACAUAGAUACAGUGGAGAGCGUUGCUAAGUUGUACAACAGUAUUGGAUUGGAAUUGAGUUAUAUAUUGGAUUCUUCCGAGGCCACACCAGAGACGAAAACUGCUGCAAAUGAAAGCAUCCUUGCAGUUUCGCCAUUCAUUUUGAAUUUCCUGUCGAAUGAGUACGAUGAUGUUUCAUGUCAGGUGUUCCCAUUCUUGUCAGCUUUCCUAACUGCAUUGAAAAAAUUAGUGAAACAAUCCGGUGGUCAAAUCUCACCUACACAUAUGGAGUUGCUUACAACUUUGCUACAAAAGAUCAUAGUGAAGAUGAAAUUUGAUGAUGAUGAUGACGGUGAAGAUGAGGAUACAAUCCAAGAGUUCAAUGAGUUUAGAGGUAGACUCAGAGUUUUCCAAGAUACUAUUGCAAGUACAUGUCCAGAUAUCUACAUGGAACAAAUGUUUGCUGUUAUUAACCAAUCCAUAUUUGAAUCCAACGGACAAGACUGGAGACAAGUGGAAUUAGGAUUGUACGAAUUGACGAGCUUUUCAGACAGUUUGAGACAGAAUACCAUGAACAUUCCAAAACAACAGAUCAUCGGUUCUAAACCGUACUUAAUGUUCCAAGAGAUGCUCUUGAAAACCAUCAAUUCUAACGUGAUCCAAAUAAACCAUCCAUUAAUCCAUCUGCUCUUCUUUGAACUCAUUGUUCGUCAUUACACAUUGUUGAACAGUUCUAAUAACAAGGAUGAGUUGACCAGUCAUAUUCUCAACUUGUUUAUAUCAUUGGGAUUGCACAACAAUAACGAAAUGGUUCAGAUGAGAUGUUGGUAUCUAUUCUUUAGAUUUGCCAAGUUGACCAAACCUGAAUUGAACGAUAAUCUUAUCCAGGAACUUGUGACUGACCUUUCGCAGACUCUACUUGUGAUUGAAGCUGAAUUGCCUCAAAAGGAUGAUGAUUCAGAACUGGUUGAAGCGUCGUCAAAGUUUGACAACCAGUUGUACCUAUUCGAAACCUUGGGAUUAUUAAUUUCAUUGCACAACAAGGACAAUAUCAGCAUGAAGUUGAAGUUGAUGGAUAUGUUAUUCAACCCAAUUUUCUUGAGUUUGCAAAAUAUCAUCUCUUCAAACGACAGAAGCCCAAAGACAAUACUACAAGCACACCAUCUCUUAAUGGCAAUUGGUACCAUUGCCAGAGGAUUCGAGUAUGAUACUGUACCAAACAAAGUCUAUAAUGCUGAGAUCAUCGAGAGAUUCAAAAACACUGCUGAGGUUGUUUUGGUGACUCUAGAGAAUUUGAGCUCUAAUGAGGGCAUCAGAGACGCAGCCAGAUUUUCGUUUGCAAGAUUCAUUCCAAUUCUAAAAUCAAGUAUUAAUACCUACCUUUCGCGUCUUAUUUCUAUCAUUUUGGCCUCAAACAACUUGAAGUUUAGCGAGCUGACCGAUUUCCUUGGAUUUAUUGGGCAAAUUGUUCACAAUUUCAACAAGGAUGAUCUUAUCUAUCAGUUGCUCAACGAUUUGUUCACGCCACUCUCUGAUAAAGUAUUCCAAAUGGUUAACGACAAGGGUGAGAACAACGUUUAUGAGUUAAUGCCGGAUAUCAUCAGGGAGAAGUCGUUCCUAAAGAAGGCAUACAUCUCACUUUUAAUAGCACUUCAAACGAACAACGUUUCAAGUUUGUUAAUCACAGAGACGAACAAGUCCAAUUUACCAACAAUUUUGCAAAGUCUGCUGCUGGAUGCAAACAACUUGGAGGACCUUCAAGUUGCCAAAUUUUCCCUCACAGCUUUGGAGAAUUUCACCACCAUUUUCGGUAACGAUACUGUCAACGAUUCCAAGGACAAAUAUGCCACGGGACUAACCAUUCAGGGCAUCUCAUCUUUCCUAUUGGAGAACUUGGUCAACCUCAGUUUCGAGAUUCCAUUUCAAAACUCUAAAUUCGACGUCAAAGACGCCCAGUAUAGAUUUGUCGUGGAUGAGUUGGCACAGAUCUUGAAGACUUUGUUCACCGUCAAGCAGCAAGACCUGGUACAGUACCUCAGGGAGAUCUAUUUCCCACGUAUCCAACUUCCCCAGAACGUUGGUGACGAUUUGAUCCAAAACCUGGCUAAUUUGGACGCAAAGGCAUUCAAGAAGUACUUUGUUCAAUUUGUCAUACAGUUGAAGUCAUGA